UCUUCCUUUUAUCAGUUUCCACAUUCCACAGUCAGCCGGAUUGCUUUCCCUCAGCUGGCUGGGCCGCCUGGCCGGCCAGACCCGCCGGCCUCCCCCGCUUUUCCUCAUUCCACCCUCCCUGGGUAUGAGGAGGCUGGAGCAGACUCCCUUGGGCCACCUUAGGAUUGGGGGGUGGGAACAGGCGAGGGGCCAGUUCUUCUCCAAGGUGGGGAAGGGCCCCAACCCGCCUCCUCCCAGGGAACGCAAUAAGGCUCUCACAUUCCUCAGAGGCUGCCUGAGAGAUUUAAUUAAGGAGGAAGGAGAGAGCUAGCCUGCACUGAGAAGAGGCUGAGGCUGGGAUGGCCACUGGGGCCCCCCUGGCCCUGGGCCUGGGUGGGCAGCAGUGAGAGGUGAGAGGCAGACUUGUGGCUCCCCUAAUCAACCCCACCUGCCCACCGAUCAUCUCACAGGCCCCAGGAAGGGCCUCCUUUGCUGCAGGGUAACCGAGACCCUGGGCAUGAUGGAAUGAGAAGGGCAAGACCCCUCUGGGGCUACCUCCUUCUCAGACCCUGUCUAGGCCCCAGACAGCCUGGGCCCAGCCGGCUUGGGGCUGGUGGCCUCCCUUGGUGACUAAGGUCUUCCUCUGGUAAAUUCAGGUUUAAUUGCAGAGUUAGGGCCUUAGUUGACGGGUGCUUGGCCCUGGGUGGGGACAGGGCAGUGAGCAAGCCCCAUGUCUGAGCCCAGCCCCAGUGGCAUCACAACUGCACGUGCUGACGGUGGCAUCUGGACCAGCCCAUUUCAAGUUGGGCCGCAGCCACCACAUAGCUCCUGGGGCAGCAGGUGUCCUCUUCCAGCAGAGUGGCACCUCUGCUGAGAAGGCAUGUUCUGCCACCCUGAGGGCUCACUUGAGCCAGGGACUGGCCUUAGUCACUGGUCUCCCUGCCCUGGGCUGACAGGUCUAGCAGCUGCCAAGUCACCCACAGUGCCACAGAAGACACCCACCUGGGGCCAGGCAGCUCCUGCCAUGGAGUGGGGAAGGGGGAGGAGGUCCAGCUCCUGCUCUUCUGGUGCUGCCAGCUGGCCAUACCUGCUCAGGGAUCUAGACUCUUCCCUGGACAGGGAGACGGGCUGACGUACAGACUAUCCCCCUUGGCAAUAUUCUGCCCCAGGAUCUGAGGCCUGGCUAUACAGGAGACCCACCCAAGCAGCUUCGCUAAAACACAACCCUGCCUGGGUCUCACCCCAGAAAUUCUUAUUUAAUUGGCCGGGGGAGGGUGUGGUGUGAGCAUUAGGAACUUUCUAAAGCUUCUUGGUGAUUUUGAUGUGCAGCUGGAGUUGAGAAGCCCUAUAGGUGGGAGACGGAAGGGAAGCCUGGAUGAGUUCAUGGUGUGGAGUGUCAGGACUUACCCAUAGCGUGAGUAGAACCCGCUGAGGGUGGUGAUGGAGUAAGUAAAGCAGAGACGCCAAGACUGGUGGGUACCCCCACCACCAGUCAAAGGGCAGGGCUUAAUCAAAAGGCAGGGCUAGGACCACCCCCCAAGAGGGCUAUCUCCGAGGAACCUGAGGCUCAGCCCCCUCGGCCCCUUCCAUGAGGGCCCAGGAUAGAGACCCCAACCUGCUGGGCCAAGGGCUGCUUCUCCCCAGGGAUGGGGAGAAUGGUGGACCCAGCCCGGGCCUGGAGCCUCCUCAGACACGUCAGCGAAACUGGAGCCAACUGUCCUGGCUGCCGGCAUGGUCCCGCCUGCCUGGGGGGUUGGCAGACUCCUGGGCUGGGCUGCUGCCAGGCCUGGCCGGCAGUGCUUCACCCUGGCGGGCCGGCACUGGGAGCCAGAGGCCCAGAGCCGUGGGGUCAGAUCUGCAGCUCCAGACCCCUGUACCCACUCCGCAGUAUUGGGUACGGAAAGGGACGUGUGCCUGCUUCUGUUUGCCCAUUCCUGUUCCCCACUGGCCAGGCACAGGAGAUGCUCCAGCCUGAGGUCUCAUGUGGUCACCCGAAGGCCCGGGGUUCCACUCACUUGCCAGUCCCUGCCUGAUCCAGGGCCUAUGAGUGGGUGCCUCCAGGUGUCCCACACUUGGGGGUGGGUGGGGACACUCUGGGUCCCCCUGAGAGCUGAAAUGAUGAUGUCGUUACUCACUGAGCCCCUCCUUCUGCUCCCCCUCCUCCCCCAUCACAUGCUGAACUGCCGGCCAAAGGACAGCUCACUUCCCCCCACCCCCUUCUAGAACUAAAGGCACCUUCCUCCCACCUCCCAGGCUGUUCUCUCUAGCUUCUCCUGUUUUUCCACGCCUGAGGAUGGAGGGCAGCCUUUGCGUAGAGGCCUCACCCUGAGCCCAGGGGGCCUCCUGUCUGUGCCUAAAUCUGCGUGAAGCCCCUCUCACACCAUGGCAUCCUCACCCCAUGCAUGCGGAGGGCAAGACUCAGGUUUUAUGGGUGACACCCUCACUAGGUAGUGUUUACUGACCACCUAGAAUGUCCUCCAAAUACAAACUAAACAAGCCCUGAGACUCAGGCGCUGUACCCAGCCUCCCCCACUUCACAGAUGGGAACUGAGGCUAAGGGCUGUGGCCAGGCUAUCAUGCAGCCAGGGUGCAAAUGCAGGCAGUCAGACCCCAAAGCCCCAUCCCAGCACUGUCCCCUGGAGGGCCCUUGUGGUGGGGCCAGGCCAAGGCGAGUCCAAGUGGAGGGGAGGCCCUGGACACUCUGCCCUCCUGCCUCCACCCCCCCCCCCUCAAAUCCCAGGGCUACCUCCAGAACUCUCCCCACACCCUUUGCAGAGGGAAAGGGCCCACCUCCCUGCCUCGAGUCAGCAGAUCAGAUAUCAAAGCCCAGGCCCCUGGUCCUUCAGGGCUGCUGAAAUUGCAAGGGCCAGGGCAGCCAUGACCCCAACGAGACACUCCCACCCCCAAUGCACACACACACCAGCACGCACCCAGACAGGCGGAAUCGCUCCCAGAACUUGUUAAAAGAACCUCCCCAUUUAAAACAAACAGAACAACACAGAACCACAACACGUGCUCAGAACAACUCCAGAAAGUAAAGCAGGGCUGCUAAGAAAAAAAGCCCACAGGUGAGAAAGGAUCUGGGAAGCUAUUUAGGGUCAGAGCUGGUCUCCUGCUGCCGUGUCACCGGCCCCCUCCAGUCAGUCAGUGCCCUCUGGGUCCCCUCUGGGGGCUCUCUGAUCUGUUCUUGGUGGCAGAGCCCCCUGGAGCUGACAGCCCACAGCUUGCCAUUUUCCCAAGCCCCAGUGCCAGCUCAUUGCUGGACAGGUGGAAUGGGGCUCAGGCAGAGGCACUCAUCCGUGCAUCCUGUGGACUGGAAGCAGGGUAGCUGCUGCCUACUGGGGUCUCCCCAGCCCAGAAUGCCAGCUGCUCUUGUUCUGACCCAACGCCCACUCUCCAUCAGCUUACCCAGAUUGCCUCUGUGGCCAGACAGACCCCCGGUGUUCCUGCCUCCUUCCCCCAUGAUGACUUUACUGAUUAAAGGGCCAGCAGACUACAGGUGAAGCUCAGAGCCCAUGCUGGUCCCCUCAUCAAUGCAGAAUGGGAAACACCCCCCAGUAAGCAUCCCAGGCCCCUAAGGACCACAUACCUGGCUCCUCGGAGCUAAGUGCUCCCAAUCCUGGGAGGUGUCCAUUCUGGAAUGCCCAGGUGGACGAUGAGGAAACUGAGAGAAAGCUGCUGUCUGUGGCCUCACAGUUCGGGUGCCCCUGGCCCAGGGCUGCCUGACUGGAGUGUGAGCUUUUAACUGUGAUCUUUUAUAAGGCUCAGGGGAGCUGAAGCUGUAGGGGUGGCCAGGCUGGCCAAGUGUAAGGUCCCCUCCCACCCCAGAGCCUGGCUGGGGUGGGGGUUGCUCACAGCCCACAUCUGGAGGCCAGGCCAUACCCGCCGCCUUCUGAGUCAGGGAGGGUGGAGCGGGUCCCCACAGGGAAGGAGGCCAGGUGUGGCACACACAGCCCCCUGGGAAUGGCGCCGGCAGGGCUGGGGGCACACGAGGCCUCCCGGGUUCUGGCUGAGGUUCAUCUGAGGCUGAGUGCAAGAUGCUCCUCUGCCAUUCACUCAGCAAAAGAUGGGCUCUGGGAUACAGGGAGCAAAAACAGGGCCUCCCCUCAGGGAGGGUACAGCAGAAUCUAGAGAGCAGAGCAGGCGGCACUGGCUGGGGUCAGGGAAGGCCUCCCUAGCUGGCCUCUGAAGGGCAGUCAUCAGUGUUAACUAGUGAGGGGCAGAGGAGACCCUGCAGGUGGGCAGGGCCUAGGCAGGCCCAACCUGGUGAUGGGCUUUUAGUCAGAGCUGGCCCAACACCAUAGUGGCCUCCUGGGGACCACAUGCCCCUCCUCCGCCUCACGUUCCAGGAGCCCACAUCCUUGGGGAGGGGCAGCCCGAUCGACGGCAUUGGGCAGAACAUGGGCUGCGUAGGGGGCCACGCUACCUGUGUGGCUGGAUGGCUGGCCAGCGUGCGGGAAGGGGAGGCUGAGCCCCAGCACAAAAGGCCCUUGUGAGAGUAGGAGGCACCUGGAGGGGAGGCAUGCCGGCCUCUCGGGGACUUUAGGGAACCACAGUGUGGGGACCGCUGCUGGGGUGGCCUCCGGGCUGCCCGCAGGAGCCUGAGUGAAGGGGGGCCCAUGCUGUGGCCCUAUCCUGUCUCGGGCAGUUCCAGCUACGAGUGGGAGCCUGGUGCGGCUGGGGGAGCCACCCCCACCUGGGCAGGACUGGGCCCCACAUCAGGAGGGCAGGCCCAGCCACACCUGGAUGUGGUUAAGGACCUGGGCUCUGGCUCAGAUUUUCCGGGAGUGCAAAAGCAGCAAGUCACUGCACCUCCAGGAGCCUCUUCUCCUGUCAUCUGGGAGUGAGGAGAACAGCUUCCACCUGGAGUGGCUGCUGGGGGACUAAACGAGAAGACUGUAGACGUUCAGUGCUGCGCGCACGUGGGAAGGGCUGCUGCUCCUCUUGCUCAGGGCUUGGCCUAGAGUGGAUUCCCAAGAAACGAUAGAGGAUAUGAUCUGCGAAGCGUUUCCAGGCUUGACACUGCCUCCCGGGCCACCACACAACCAACGUCCCCCAACCUGAGACCUGGGUCAGCCCAGGGAGGCUGGGGGCCCCUCACCUCUAGUUCUUUCAUCGUGGCUCAGAGAUGGGGGAUCUGAAGACCAAGGUUCCCUGCCUCCCCCCUUCCCACAGCAGGGACACCUGCCAAGGGCUCCAGCCCUCCUCUGCCUCUCCGGGGAACUCUCCUGCUGGCCAUGUCCUAGGCAGGUCUGACUUCACAAGUGGAAAAACACCAAUCCCAGAGUUUCCCCGUGAAGUCUUCCUGCUGUGGUCUCUCCUCAUUCAGAGGACUCAGAGUGCGGCGGCAGCGGCCAGUGGCCCAGGGCAGGCAGCUUCUCUACUUACAUGCUCGGCCGCCUGCCUGCCUGGUCUCUCCCAGAUGCUGCGGGAGGGGCUGCCGCUCCAGAACCCACCAUUCUCCCUCCUUCGCUGUCCACCUCAGCAGAGAUUUUGGGGGUGGUUUAGGGGGAGGGCACAGAGUCUGAUGUUUUUUGACCACGUGUUCUCUCUGAGCCACAGAGAGGCCAAAGGGCUGGAGUUAAGGAGAAGGGGGUUAUUUGUGGUCACUGAGUGUUUGGGGGCCAGGCCCCCCCUCUGUGUGCAUCAGCCCACCGAACCCUGGUGUCAGCGCAGGAAGUAGCAACUGAUAUCAUAACAACGUCAUGUGAUUGCUCAAAGUCACAUAGCGAAGAAGUGACAGGGCAGGGACAGGAACCCAGCCAGGGCACUAGGGACCUGACUCAUAACUACUCUAUGCUGUUGGGUUUGGGGGCGGGGAGUGGAGAAGGGGGCUGGGAAUUCCCUUCCCGGUCCUUCCUGGAGUGGCUGUCCCCUGGGGCCCCUGACUCAGGGUCUCCCGCUUUCCUCUCUGCUCCCAGGGACCAGAAGAUGCGCUCCAAGACACCCCCGCCCCUGUUGCUGCCGCUGCUGCUGCUGCUGCCGGCCCUGGAGCCCAGGGUGCGGGGUUGCCCAUCCGGCUGCCAAUGCAACCAGCCACAGACAGUCUUCUGCACCGCCCGCCAGGGGACCACCGUGCCUCUCGACGUGCCGCCCGACACGGUGGGCCUGUACAUCUUUGAGAAUGGCAUCACCACACUCGAUGCGGGCAGCUUUGCCGGCCUGCCGGGCCUGCAGCUCCUGGACCUGUCACAGAACCAGAUUGCCAGCCUGCCUGGUGGGGUCUUCCAGCCACUGGUCAACCUCAGCAACCUGGACCUGACUGCCAAUAGGCUUCGGGAAAUCACCAACGAGACCUUCCGUGGCCUGCGGCGCCUGGAGCGCCUCUACCUGGGCAAGAACCGCAUCCACCACAUCCAGCCCGGCGCCUUUGACGCGCUCGACCACCUACUGGAGCUCAAACUGCAGGACAAUGAGCUGCGGGCGCUGCCCCCGCUGCACCUGCCACGCCUGCUGCUGCUUGACCUCAGCCACAACAGCCUCCCAGCCCUGGAGCCUGGCAUCCUGGACACCGCCAACGUGGAGGCGCUGCGGCUGGCCGGCCUGGGGCUGCAGCGGCUGGACGAGGGGCUCUUUGGCCGCCUGCGCAACCUCCACGACCUGGACGUGGCCGACAACCAGCUGGAGCUCGCGCCGCCCGCCAUCCGGGGCCUGCGGGGCCUGACGCGCCUGCGGCUGGCAGGCAACACCCGCAUCGCCCAGCUGCGGCCCGAGGACCUGGCCGGCCUGGCAGCCCUGCAGGAGCUGGACCUGAGCAACCUGAGCCUGCAGGCCCUGCCGCACGAGCUCUCGGUCCUCUUCCCCCGCCUGCGGCUCCUGGCAGCUGCCCGCAACCCCUUCAACUGCGUGUGCCCCCUGAGCUGGUUCGGCCCCUGGGUGCGGGAGAGCCGUGUGGCGCUGGCCAGCCCCGAGGAGACACGCUGCCACUUCCCACCCAAGAAUGCCGGCCGGCUGCUCCUGGACCUUGACUACGCCGACUUUGGCUGCCCGGCCACCACCACCACGGCCGCGGUGCCCACCAUGAGGCCCACGGUGUGGGCGCCCACAGCCCCACCUUCCAGCAUGGCUCCCACCUGGCUCAGCCCCACGGAGCCAACCACUGAGGCCCUGAGCCAACUACCCCCUGCCCCGCCCACCAUGGGUCCUGCCCCCCAGCCCCAGGACUGCCCGGCAUCCAUCUGCCUCAGUGGGGGCACCUGCCACCUGGGGGCGCGGGGCCACCUGGAGUGCCUGUGUCCUGAGGGCUUCACGGGCCUGUACUGUGAGAGCCGGAUGAGGCCAGGGCCGAGGCCCAGCCCUGCCCCGGCCACCAUGCAGCCACCCCAGCCCCUGCCCCUUGGCAUUGAGCCCGCUAGCCCCACCUCCCUGCGGGUGGGACUGCAGCGCUACCUGCAGGGCAGCACCGUGCAGCUCAGGAGCCUCCGCCUCACCUACCGCAACCUGUCGGGUCCCGACAAACGGCCGGUGACACUGCGGCUGCCGGCCUCACUCGCAGAGUACACGGUCACCCAGCUGCGGCCCAACGCCACCUACUCCAUCUGCGUCCGGCCCCUGGGGGCCGGAAGGGUGCCUGAGAGCGAGGAGGCCUGUGGGGAGGCCCGCACGCCCCCGGCAGUCCGCUCCAACCACGCCCCAGUCACCCAGGCCCGAGAGGGCAACCUGCCACUCCUGAUUGCGCCCGCCCUGGCCGCCGUGCUCCUGGCCGUGCUGGCUGCUGUGGGGGCGGCCUUCUGUGUGCGGCGGGGGCGGGCCGCGGCAGCUGUGGCUCAGGGCAAAGGGCAAGUGGGGCCAGGGGCCGGGCCCCUGGAGCUGGAGGGGGUGAAGGCCCCCUUGGAGCCAGGCCCCAAGGCGACUGAGGGUGGUGGGGAGGUCCCGCCUGCCGGGCCUGAGUGUGAGGUGCCACUCAUGGGCUACUCGGGGCCCGGCCCCCAGGGGUCCCUCCCAGCUAAGCCCUACAUCUAAGCCUGGGAGUGAUGGACGGUCGGGGCCAGGCUCUCGGCCCCACUGGGACUGGCCAGGGCCCUCCUGCUGCCAGAUCAAGGAAGUUCUCAGAUCUGUACGAUGAGGACAUGUCAGGACCGGGGCUGUGUGACCACAGCAAGUCCCUGCCCGUCUCUGGACCUUGGUCUCCUCAUCUGUAAGAAGCUGGGACCCAGGUGAUAACCUCUAAGGUCCCCCCACCCCCCGCCCGAGUGCCUAGAGGAUGGCGUCAGCCCCGUCUUCUGCAACAUGCAACCUCUGGGGUGGGGCGGGCCCUGCCGUGUGCUGGUAACACAGGCCCGGGCUGCCAAGCCCCCCACCCCAAGGAGACUCUGGGGGCCAGUGAAGGAAGCCCCCAGAAAAGAGAGCAGAGGGAGAGUGGGACUGGGGAUGGGGUGGGUGAGACUGCCUCAGCCCCAGAAAGUGAAGGAACAAAAGAAACUGGAAAGAAAGAUGCUUUAGGAACAAGUUUUGCUUUUGUUUUUUAAAAUAUAUUUAUAAAAGAUCCUUUCCCAUUUAUUCUGGGAAAAUGUUUUUCAAACUCAGAGACAAGGACUUUGGUUUUUGUAAGACAAAUGAUGAUAUGAAAGCCUUUUGUAAGAAAAAUAAAAGAUGAAAAGAAACAAG